GACAAGACCAGGCUGGUUGUCACAAACUCCGCGGUGGUUUGCUCAUAUGCCGAUCAAGUGCUACAGGUUACAGAUGGUCAGCUUCAAGAUAUCAAGGCUUGUAGUCCACAGCUAUUGAGGGGGUUGCCAGACAGUGUACCUAUGGUCGACAAGCCGGAUCUCUCAGUCAAGGUGGCCAGCCUUAGCAUCAGUGCUUCAUCUACUGACGAAGAAGCAAAUAACCUGAGUGACUCAGUCCAAGAGAACCAAAACCUGGAGAAUUCGUCUGUGGACAACAACCAGGAGUCCUCGCUGGGCGACUCAGCUCGGGUGUCCUUUGCAGACUAUAAAAGGUGGUUGGGAAUCGCCCAUAUCUGGCGCUGGAGUCUGAUGGCAUUUUUCACCGGCCUCACAUUUGCCUCCAACAUUAUGUCGACUUACAUGCUCAAGGUGUUUGCCGAUAGGCUCGGCAACGGCUUGGUUAUGCGGGCCUUGGAGAUUUACGCCGCUGCAGGCGUUGUACAGACAUUCAUGUCGUGCCUCUCCUUGCUCUUGGGCUGGUACCUUUGCCUAAAGCCAACAUCACACAAGAUCCACGGUAUGCUAGUUGCGGGCGUUCUGCAAGCCCCCUUAUCCUUUCUCCAGCGUACCCCGACGGGCGAGAUUAUGAACCGCUUCGCCAAUGAUCUCGCACGGCACGAUGGUCCGCUUUUCACUUGCAUAUUCGGCUUCUUGAACUCGUUGCUACGCGUCGUCGCCUCCCUCGGUACUCUCCUAGCUUUUGCACCGUCGUCAGCUGUUGCAGUCGUAGCACUUGGGGCCUUGGGAUGGUGGUUGCAGCGCCGUUGUCUCGGCGUCUUGGUCGAGACAAGACGGCUUGAAACCAGCUCACGAAGUCCCCUAAUCACAAACCCGCAGGAAACUCUGGCCGGGUCCGACAUUAUUCGCAUCUUUGGUCGCCAGACCUACUUUGAGACUAGAAAUUUUACAAGUCUGCGACGUAACUUGACUGCUUAUAUGGCGUUCGUCUCCGUAGAGCUGUGGCUGAUCCUCCGGCUGUCUCUUAUUUGCUCGUUGUUGCAAGGCCUGGCUGCGGCAUUUUUGCUUGUAGGCGGCGUGGAUGCGAGUGCUACUGGUUUCGUCAUGUCAUACAUGCUUCAGUUAGCCACGUCCUUCACUCAGACGGUUCUUCUUCGUACUCAAAUGGAAUGCGAAAUGGUUUCUACACAGCGCAUAUUUUCCUUGAUAGACACAAAGGCGGAGAAGAUGAGCACAAACGAGGUAGAAGUCCUAGAUCGGACCCAAAACGUGGAUGCCUCCUGGCCCUCCCGUGGCACUGUGACGUUCUGCGACUUCAGCGCCAGCUACAGCCACAAUUACCACGACGACGAGAAUGAUUCCAGCGUUGUACUUCGCGACAUCAACCUUGACUUCGCACCAGGCCAAUCAACUGCCAUUGUAGGCCGCACCGGCGCCGGAAAGUCAUCAUUGGCUCUGGCAAUGCUGCGCGUGCUCCAACCCGCCCGUGGCCGUAUCGAGAUUGACGGCACCGAUAUCACGCAAGUUGACUUGGAUGUGCUACGGUCACGCGUAGCCAUCAUCCCUCAGAACUGCGGCGCAUUUGCCGGUACGGUGCGCACCAACCUCGAUUCCAACGGCAUCCACGACGAGUCAGACCUAUUGCGUGUCGUUCGUGACAAGUCUCUUUGCAAGGGGCUUCAAGACGCCACAGGCUGCGCUCGAUUCUCCGGUGUUACAAGGAGGAUUGAGAACGACCGAAUUAUCGUCAUGGACAACGGUGCGGUCGCCGAGAUUGGUUCUCCUAAGCAACUCUUUGAGAAGAACGGCAUAUUUAGGAGCAUGGUUGUUGCUGCUGGGUUGGAGAAUGAGCUCCGUAGUGUGGAAUUGUUGGAAGCGGUGGAAAGUGGGUAGCAAGGCAUUAUAAGAGCAAGAAAUGAG